ACACUGCCACUCAACACCUCCUGCAAUAUUCACAUCAAACUGGAGGACAUGCAGAGGACCGGUCAGUUUGUGAUUUAAUGUAAGAUAAGAGGUGUUGCAAACCAGUUUGCCCGGAUACUCAAAGGGGGUCAUUUUGUGACCAUGUCUUCUGGGAGUUAUGGGAAGUCAUUUGCAUAUGCAUUUAAGCAUGAAUGUAAAGGCAAAGUGGUGAUGCUAGAAACGGCCCCUAUCUCCAGAUCUGUUCUGAUACAAAGUUUGGGAGUUGAGGUUGAAAGAGCACCAACUCCUCUUCUUUUGGACGUUGUUACUCGAAGUGUUCAAGAGGACAGUAUGACUUUCCUACAUUCCUAUGAUGAUCCAGAUCUUACCGCUGGACAUGCCAGCUUAGGUUUUGAGAUCCUGGAGGUUGUACCCUAUCCAGAUGUUGUGGUUGUUUGCUGUGGUGGAGGGGGGUUACUUGCUGGUGUGGCAGCAGCCAUCAAACUGUCUGGUUGUGAGAACACAAAGAUCUAUGGAGUGGAACCAGAAGGAGCAUGUACAAUGUACAAGAGCUUCAUUGAGAAGAAGCCUGUUGGUAUGGAUGCUAAAAGCAUUGCUUCAGGGCUAGCACCACCAUUUGCAGGUAUGAUUGCAUAUGAGCUGUGUCAGAAGUAUGUUGAGAACAUUGUGCUGGUGACCGACGAGGAGAUCAAAUCUGCAGUUUCCACACUUUAUAGAGCUGGUCUCGUACUGGUCUCAUUGUUUGAACCUUCAGGCACUGCGGCGUUCACUGCUGUCACGAAUGACAAAAUACCAGAUAUCAAUGGCAAGAAUGUGGUGGUCAUCCUCAGUGGAGGAAACAUUGGAGAUGAGCUUAGCAACUUUCCUGACUAA